GAGAAGCAUCUACGUCCAUUCCUUUCAAUUUUGAACAUUCAAACACCUUCAUCCCACAGUUUCCAUUUCCACUCAAGAAUCAAAUUAAACCCUUUUCAAUUCCUUUCUUUCUCAUCUUUAUAAACACAGCACAAUCCUCAAUUCCCCCAAAUUAUAAUAACUAAUUUCCCACUUCUCAAACUAUGUUAAUCCAAACCCGUCAGGUCUGGGAUCUCAAUCUCCUUCAUGAAUUCAAUCUCAUCACUCAACUCCUCCAUCGCUACCCUUUCAUCUCCAUCGACACUGAAUUCCCCGGCGUCCUCAUCCGCCCCACCCUCCACCGCCACCCUCUCCACCCUUCCGAUCACUACCUCCUCCUCAAGUCCAACGUCGACGCUCUCAACCUAAUCCAACUCGGUCUCACUCUCUCCGACGCCGACGGCAACCUCCCCACACUUGGCACCAAAAACUCCUUCAUCUGGGAGUUCAAUUUUAGAGAUUUCGACGUUGCACGCCACCCCCACAACCCGGCUUCCAUCGAGCUCUUAAAACAACAAGGGAUCGAUUUCCACCGCAACAGAACUCAUGGGGUUUGCUCCUCCCAGUUCGCCGACUUGCUGAUGUCAUCCGGUCUUUUAUGUAACAACUCCCUUACUUGGGUUACCUUUCACAGCGCCUACGACUUUGGUUACUUAGUUAAGAUUCUCACUCGGACCAAACUCCCCUCACGGCUACACGAUUUCUUGAACAUUCUGGGGAAGUUGUUCGGGAAUAAAGUUUACGACGUGAAGCACAUGAUGCGGUUCUGCGAUGGGCUAUACGGGGGUUUGGAUCGGGUUGCUAAGACGCUUGAUUUGGAGCGGGCGGUUGGGAAAUCCCAUCAGGCCGGUUCCGAUUCCCUCCUCACAUGGCAAGCUUUUAAGAAGAUGAGGGAUGUUUAUUUCUCAAAGGAUGGCCCGGAGAAGCACGCCGGCGUCUUGUUUGGUUUAGAAAUUUAUUAAAUUAUUAUUUAUAUAAAAAUAAUAUUCAAUUUAUUAUUUUAUUCCAUCAAAUUUUAUAUAUCUAUAUAUAUAUAUAUUGGGCUUAUGGCCCACGAAAUAAAUGGACUUGUUCCGUUGAGGCUCAACGUUGGUUCGGCCCACUGAUUAUGUAUGGGUUGCCAGUCUACUGACUGUAGGGCUUUUCCGUACAACAAGUGUUUCCACAUUUAAUAUAAUGGUAAAUAUAGUACAAUACAAUUUACAUCUAACUCGUAAAAGAUGUUCGAUA